AUGCAGACCAAGGCUUUCAUCGUUGCCGCCGCCCUCGUGGGCUCCGUCUUUGGACAGUCCUCGUCCAGACCUCCCAUGAGCUCUGCCCGACCUGCGUCGUCCGCUCCGGCCGUGAGCUCUGCUCCUCCUCCUCCGCGCAGCUCUGGCGUCAGCUCGCGUCCCCCUCCUCCUCCUUCGUCCGUGGUGUCCAUGAGAUCCAUGGUCUCGAGCAAGAGCAAGCCUCAUGAGGUGACGACCACCAAGGUCGUCAGCCGGUAUACCACCUACUGCCCUGUCCCGACGACUGUCUGCAUCGGCACAAAGACGUAUACUGUCACUGAGCCUACUACCCUCACCAUCACUGACUGCCCUUGCACCAUCACUGAGACGCACAAGAAGCCCUAUCCUACCAAGGAGGUUCCUCCUCCUAACCCUCCCCCCGUCAAGACCACCAACGCUCCUCAGCCUCCUCCCGUGAAGCCCACUGGUGUUGUUACCGCCGGCGCUGAGGGUCGCUCUGCUGCGUAUGGUUUCGCCAUGGCUGCUGCUGGUGUUGUCGGUGCUCUUGCCUUGUAA